AUGGAUGGGACCAACAACAGCAGCCUCGGGGACUUCAUCCUGGUGGGUUUCUCCCACCACCCCCGUCUGGAGAGGGUCCUGUUUGCGGUCAUCCUGAUCGCCUAUGUGCUGACCCUGGUGGGCAACAGCGCCAUCAUCCUGGUGUCCCGGCUGGACCCACACCUGCGCACCCCCAUGUACUUCUUCCUCACCCACCUGUCCUUCCUGGACCUGAGCUUCACCAGCAGUUCCAUCCCCCAGCUGCUCUACAACCUGAGUGGGCAGGACAAGACCAUCAGCUACGCAGGCUGCUCCGUGCAGCUCUUCCUGUUCCUGGCGCUGGGGGGCGUGGAGUGCCUGCUCCUGGCCGUCAUGGCCUACGACCGCUUCGUGGCCAUCUGCAGGCCCCUGCACUACUUGGCGAUGAUGAGUCCCAGGCUCUGCCUGGGGCUGGUGUCCAUGGCCUGGGGCUGCGGGGUGGCCAACUCCCUGGCCAUGUCUCCAGUGACCCUGAGCCUGCCGCGCUGCGGGCACCGGCGUGUGGACCACUACCUGUGUGAGAUGCCUGCCCUGAUCCGCAUGGCCUGUGUGGACACGGCGGCCGUGGAAGGCAGUGUCUUCGUCCUGGCAGUGGGCAUCGUGCUGUGCCCCCUGGCGCUCAUCCUGGUCUCCUAUGGCUACAUCCUGAGGGCGGUGUUAAGGAUGCACUCCUCCUCGGGAAGGCACAAAGUCUUCAACACCUGUGGCUCGCACCUGACGGUGGUGUCACUGUUCUAUGGGAACAUCGUCUACAUGUACAUGCAGCCGGGCCGUGGCAGCUCCCAAGAGCAGGGCAAGGUGCUCACCCUCUUCUACAACAUUGUCACGCCCCUGCUCAACCCCCUCAUCUACACCCUCAGGAACAAGGAGGUGAAGGGGGCGCUGAGCAGGCUGGUUUUGGCUAAACUAAGCUUCAGGAAGAAGUUGUAA